AGUUUAGGUUAGGUUAGGUUAGGCGGGGUCGCGGCUCUUCGUCGUCAACUUCGAGGAACGUUGACACCUCUCCGUCGAUCACUAUGUACUCGACGAAGACACCGACUCUGCGGAUCGACGAAGCCGAUCUCAAGUGCAGGAAUGGCUGUGGGUUCUACGGCAACGCGGAAUGGGAAGGCUACUGCAGCAAAUGCCAUCGGGAACAUCUGCAGAAACGACGGGCUCAAGCGGAGCGUGUGUCCCACACGCAGACCUCGGAUACAGACAAUGUCAACCAGUCAACAAGUAUUGGCAGCCAUAAGAGCUAUGAGGAGAAGAAAGUACAACAGGAGAAAAAGUACAAAUUGUUGAACAUUUCAUUCAGGAAACCUGUUGCUAAAGUUCAAGGAUAUCAGGAAAUGUGUCAUGAGUUGCUGAAGGACAAUCCGGAUCUUGAAAAGGUUAAGGCAGAAAAUCGAGAGUUGUUGUUAUACAUAGCUAAGACGCCAGUAGAGAAGGAUGUGAGAAAAUGCAUACAUUCAUUCGUGGUUGACAUACUCCAAAACAAAGAUGUUAAGAGGAUAGAGGAACUAUCAGAGAUAACGCAAAACUUUUAUCAUGUGUUUGGAAAGCGCCUAGAGAACAGCACUAAAUAUGCAGAUAUAUCAUCAGAUAUUAAAGAGAAGUUAUUAGACUAUGUGGAGAGGUAUGCAAUGACUUUAUUGUACAGAAUUCUCUUUUGUCCUCCAUUCACGACAGAUGAAGAGAAAGAUUUGGCAAUACAGAAAAGGAUACGGCAGUUAAAUUGGGUUAGUGGCAAGAAUUUGGAAUGUAGGAUUCACGAGACAAGCUCGGAUGUUAGAGAACUCGUUUAUACAUCUAUCACUGAUCUUUUAAAUAUGGAUUCUGCUAAAGCGCCCCAAGAGAAACUGGCGUGCGUUAUUCAUUGUUGUAGAAAUAUAUUCUUAUUGCUGCAACAGUCGGUCGACGGACCAGCGUCCGCCGACGAAUUUCUUCCUGCGCUUAUAUUUAUCGUCUUAAAGGCUAAUCCAGCACGUCUCAAAAGCAAUAUAAAUUUUAUCACGAGGUUUUGCAACGCCAGCAGAUUAAUGACUGGAGAAGGAGGAUAUUACUUCACAAAUUUGUGUUGCGCGGUGUCGUUCAUCGAAAACUUAACUGCGGAAUCCCUGAAUAUGGCUGAGAAGGAUUUUAAUGCAUACAUGUCAGGAGAAUGCGUUCCAGCUAAUACAUGGGAAUCUGCUCUUAUGAUAUGCGAAAGUUUACACUUUAUGUGCGAAGACAUAACUUUAUUGGAUGACUUGCAAGCAAAAAAUACCGACAUUAUAAAGCAAACGGAAGAACUGAAGAACAAAAUGAUGGAUUUCAAAGAGAAGAUUAGAGAGGAUGUGAGUAAAGUGAUUGAGAGGACGCCGCUGCUAAUAUCUCACAGUCAAAGAGUGCCUACGAAUUUAGAUAGUGACGACAUUGAGAGUUAUCAGUUACCACCGCCGAUUAUCCCACAGGUUUUAAAUUUCCUACAGAUAUAUCCGCAUUCCAUCGAUAACAUGAAUGGCGGCGUGAUGACGGAUUUGUCGGGUGAUUUAAUGAGGACGUCAUUGGUGGAAGAUUCCGUAACACCGUCUCCAACGUUUGACUUCCCAUCUUUCAUCGGCGACGAUAGUUUGGAUGCCAGCAAAUGCGAGGACGAGACUAGUCUUAUUAGCUUAGAUACUCAAUCUGAUCUUGCGUCUGGCGAUACCCAGCUCUUUAAUAAGAAACAUAUGACAGAUAGCUUGUUAGACGAGUGUCCCACACCCGAGGCGAAUCUACCGCCCGUUUUGAAACCUAUUAGCUCGGAAGAUUAUCACGGCUUCACGAUUCAAGGAUCGAAUAUACCAACAAUCCCAUGCAGCACAGGCGAUUCAUCCUUAACUCCAGCAGACUUAGAUUCGGAUAAUUAUUCCGCUUACUACCAAAACAUGUAGUAUUAGCGCAAAAUGUGAUUCGAGGAUUAUUUAUGCGGAAAGCAUUUUUUAUAAUCUUCGAUUGCAUUAGCGAUUCAGUAAAAAGGAACUUUCAAUGAUAGUCUUCUAUUGUAAUUUUAUUAAUUUGUUUUUAUAUUUGUAGAGAGUUUAUUGUAAACAUGUAAAACAAAAUAAGAAAAAAAAGUAACGUCCUAGUGAUGUGUGGGAGCUUCUUCUGUCUAGAUUGAUGAAACCCGCAAAAUAAUGUUAUAAUUAAGUUGCUGUGAUAAAAUCAUUCUCAUUUGUAUCUGAAUUUGAUUUAAUAUUCUUGUGAUAAAAAUAGUAGGAACAGCGGACGAUAGAUUGCUUAGAAAAUUACAAUUAUUAAAUAUGUUUUAAUAUAUUA